AUGUUCUAUUUUUAUAGUGAUAGUGCAGUUAGUUUAGGUUUAAACGGCAGUAUGGCUUCCUUGGCCACGUGCGGUCGCUUUGUCGCACUGCUCGCGUUGGCUGUGGCAUCGCAAGCGCUCACAUUAGACGAGGAGGCGACAAAUGAUGUUAUAGCAGCCGCUGGGUCGGCACGAGAGGGUGGUGAAAUUGCUGUUCUGAUCAAAGGACCCCACGGAAAGUCCAGCAAACGCGAAGAGUUGCUUCGCGCAUUGAGCUCUGACGAUGUCACUGUAUCCCUCUACUAUAACAGAAAGACCAACAAAGUGUCCCUGGAAAGCCUGAACGGUAGCAACUUGAAGUCGGUGUCGUGGGGCCUGGGAACAAAUUCCCGCGGCAGCCUCAUAUUCGUCGUGUCACCCAAGCGUGUGAAGCUGUUCGUUGGCUGCAAAACCCUUCAUUGGCACGACAUGCCCGGGAAGCAUGACGUGCUGCAGUUGUUCUCUAGUAAGCGGCUUAAAGUGUAUCGAGAAGAAAAUACACCGAUCGAGGUAUACGGUAACGAGCACGCGGCCUUAGACUCUAUUGGUUGCGGCAUACACGAAGACUUGGUGAGACCGCCUACUCUGAUGUCAGGCGAUGAAUCGGACGUGGAGGAAGUCAAGGAUUUUAUAGCGAGGGACGCUCGCUGGAAGAGAGAAGAGGAGGAAAUGCAAGGGGACGAUUAUAGAACGAAUUUCAUCGAUCCCAAUAGCGUCCUACCACAGCCUUCGCAGCCGACAACGCAAAGGGGAGACAUCCCAUCUACUGAUAUAGAGUCUUGUGAUGAUGAAGUGAUCCGACAACUGAAGCUCCUACGCCAAACAAUAGAUGUAUUGCGCCGAGAAUUGGCCGACCAGAAAGGGAACAUAGACAGUCUGAAGAAUCAACUCAGGAUUUGUUGCAACCGGGUGCCCGCUCCACCGCCAGUAGAACGUUGCACCGGCUCCUCAUGCUAUCCUGGUGUGGAGUGUCGGAAUACGGCAACGGGUUUCCAGUGCGGCGGCUGCCCACGUGGUAUGGAGGGUGACGGGAGACGCUGCAGACCCGUGCCCUGCUCCAGAAGACCUUGCUCGCAGGUGGAAUACUGCGUGGACACCGAACAGGGUUACCGUUGCGAGCGAUGUCCCGGUGGGCAGAGCAGCGACGGCAUGACUUGCCGCUCGGCAUGCAGUUCGAAUCCGUGCUUUGGUGGACGUGUGGUGUGCCAGGACUUGCCAGGCGGUGGCUACCGCUGUGGCCAGUGUCCUGCUGGUUUCCAUGGCAACGGCGAGGAGUGUGAAAGGAUCUCGUGCCGCCAUAUCUCGUGUUAUCAAGGUGUCCAAUGCCAGGAGACGGCAUCGGGACCUCGUUGCGGGUCUUGUCCCGACGGGUACAUAGGAGAUGGGCAGAGGUGCCAGCAUGUUUGUGACGCGAGGAAACCUUGCGGGGAGAGGAAGUGCACUCCUACCUCAUCGAGCCCUUUCUACGACUGCCAAGAGUGUUCUAGAGGCUAUCAGUGGAACGGUUACGUGUGCGUGGACAUCGACGAGUGCGACCUGAACCGGCCGUGCGACGAGCUGGUCUCGUGCCGGAACGAGGUGGGCGGCUUCACGUGCGGCCCGUGCCCCGCGGGGUACGCGGGCGGCGCGGGGUGGCGGGGCGCGGGCGACGAGCGCCGCCGCGAGCGCUGCGUCGACCUCGACGAGUGCGAGGACGGCCGCGCCACCUGCCCCCGCGGCCGGCUCUGCGUCAACACGCCGGGCUCGUACACGUGCGUCCCUUGCGGCGGCAAUUACUACGUGAACACGUCGCGGCCGUGCCUCGAGCCCGACUCGUUGGUGCAGCGCUGCGAGCCGUCGCGCUGUCGCCGCUUCAACGCCGUUUGCGGCUACGGCCAGGAGUGCGUGUGCGCGACGGGCUGGGCUGGCAAUGGGACUGUCUGCGGACCAGACAGAGAUCUGGACGGAUAUCCCGACCAACAUUUGCCGUGCAAUGAGCGACACUGCAAGGCGGAUAACUGUCCGGAUGUGUCCAACUCCGGACAAGAGGACGCUGACGGUGACGGAAUCGGUGACUCUUGUGACACCGAUGCUGACGGUGAUGGUAUUCCCAAUAUACCAGACAACUGUCCGCUGGUAGCCAACCCGGAUCAACUGGAUCGCGACGAAGACCGCAGCGAUAAGAGGGGCGACGCAUGUGACAAUUGUCCCCGUCGCUACAACCCAGGACAAGAGGACGCCGAUCGUGAUGGCCUGGGUGAUAUCUGCGAUCCCGAUAUGGAUGACGACGGCAUCCCCAAUGAGAACGACAACUGUCCCCUGGUGCACAAUCCGGGCCAGGAGGACACUGACGGCGACUACAUCGGCGACGCGUGCGACAACUGCCCACGCGUCCGGAACCCCUCUCAGGAGGACUCGGACCGCGACAACGUAGGAGACGCCUGCGACAGCGACGUCGACCGCGACCAGGAUGGUGUCCAAGACGGCUUGGACAACUGCCCCAAUCUGGCAAACAGCGAUCAGCUAGAUGUAGACAACGACGGAAAAGGCGAUGCCUGUGACGACGACAUAGACGGCGACGGCAUCCCCAACUUAGAGGACAAUUGUCCUUUAGUGCCGAACCCUAACCAGCUGGACAGUAAUGGCGAUAACAUCGGUGACCUAUGCACCAACGACUUCGACGGGGACAAUGUCACAAACGCUUUGGACAACUGUCCGAACAAUUCUAGAAUAUUCCGCACAGAUUUCAGGCAGUACAUGACUGUGCGUUUGGACCCCGAGGGCGAGUCACAGCAGGACCCCAACUGGGUGAUAGCCAAUGACGGCGCGGAGAUAAUCCAGACCCUGAAUUCAGACCCUGGGCUAGCGGUGGGCUUCGAUCAGUUCGGAGGGGUUGACUUUGAGGGAACGCUAUUCGUCGACACGCAGAUAGAUGACGAUUACGUGGGAUUCAUAUUUGGAUAUCAGAACAACAAGCGUUUCUAUGUCGUGAUGUGGAAGAAGAACACGCAGACGUAUUGGCAGACGACGCCGUUCCGAGCCGUGGCCGAACCCGGGAUACAGCUGAAGGUGGUCAACUCGAAGACCGGCCCUGGGAAGACCUUGAGGAACGCUCUGUGGAACACGGAGUCGACACCAGACCAGGUGACUUUACUGUGGAAGGACCCUCGCAACGUUGGCUGGCGUGAGAAGACCGCGUACCGCUGGCGUCUACUGCACCGGCCGAAGAUUGGCCUGAUCAGGCUGAAGGUCUACGAGAACAACCGCUUAGUGGCAGACUCUGGGAACGUGUACGACUUCUCUCUUAAGGGCGGUCGCCUCGGCGUCUUCUGCUUCUCUCAGGAGAUGAUCAUCUGGUCCAAUCUGGUCUACCGCUGUAACGGG